AGCGUAGAAAAAAGACAGGCGGUGCAGCUCUUAAACGGCUUAUGCCGCUGUUGAUCCACCUUUUGUUGAAAACUGAAUACGCUUUGCGCGCUGUUGUUAAACGCGUUUUUAGUUUUCCGGCGUGAUUGUCUCAACAACGCAUGUUUGUGCUCAUAAAGUACAGCACAUGGAAACAAUUAUUUCAUUUGUUUUUGAAAAAUAUUCCAUAACUAAUAAUUAGGAUGGAAUGAGUCGCGACAACUUUUUGGUUUUUUGAAUCUGAAUUUUAAAACAGAAUUAUUAUCAAUUUAGUUGCUUUAUACUAGAAUUUUUUAUUUUUUAAUAAGUUAUCAAAACAUUUUAAUGAGCUUUGUAAAAAAUGCAUUAGAUGGUUUAUUUUACCAUUCUGAAAUAAACGCGUUGUCUUUUCUAACUAGAUUAUAACUUAAUUUUUUAAACACCGUUUAGUUAACCGUGUUAUUAUGAAUACCAUUUAUUCACGCAGUGUGAGGCAACUUUUAGAAGUCAAAGAUCUGUGCAGUAAUAGCUGGUUAUAGCUAGUUAUUGAAGGCAUGAAAAAAACUAUGCUCAGCCGCGUGUACUUCGCUUUACUUUGCUGUUGUUUGCUUUUUAUUUUGAACCUUUCGAAUUAUACCAGAUCACUACGAUUGGCCGCUGAAAACGAAAGUCCUGCAUCUGUUCAUGAUAAAGAAGUGGAUAGACCGACCUUACAAAAAUGCAAAGUCAACGCUUUUGCGUUCGUCAAAAAUCACAAAUGCGGGACUAUGACCUUAACAACCAUGUUUCUCAGAUCGGCCGAAGAAAAAGGUCUCGAAAUCGCCUUGCCAAAUAGCAGUUCGUGGAAACUAGAUUGGCCAAACCCUGUGCGAAACGUUCACCCGUCGCGAAAACCAAGUCAGAAAUACGACGCGCUAGUCUUACACGCAAUGUAUGACCGCGUAACUUGGGAUCGAAUUAUGGAACCAGGUUACAAGCGCAUUUCAAUAUUAAGAUCUCCUUUCGAGCAGUUUAAAUCUUUCUUCAAUUUUUUCUUCGUCUACUAUAUUGUAAAAUGGAAAAGAGAUCUGCAAAAUCAGAAAACAGACUUAUCGGAGUUUGACGAGUUUUUAGCCAAUCCGAGUCGUUACGUAAAUUACAUGUAUAUUCCGAGCAAAAACGUGCAAGCUUUUAACUUUGGGUUUAAUAGAAGCAUAGAAGAAACCCGCGAUGAACUUUUUGAAGACAAUUUUGUGGAAAAAAUUCAUAAAGAGUUCGAUCUAAUGUUGAUAACUGAUUAUAUGAAUGAAAGUAUGGUCCUACUGAAAGAAGAGUUUUGCUGGGAUCUUCCGGAUGUUUUAUUUUCAAUGAAAAACGACAGACCUUACAGAAACUUCAGAGACAAGAAUGUUGCGCAUCAACUAGAAAUCGAGCGAGAAGAAAAAUACAAAAAAUGGGCGACUUUAGAUUACAAACUAUUCAACAAAUUUAACAAAACCUUCUGGCUAAAAGUGAGAAGCAUAAAAAAUUUUGAGGAAAAAUUAGAAUCGUAUCAAAGUAUCCUGAAUAGAGUCAGCCUUUUUUGUAGAAAAAAUACAAAAAGUAGCGCUCUGACAAUUUCUGAAAGCGAAAACUAUUGGAAAGAAUCAUUUCAAAUUGACAAAGUUUUCUGCAGUCGUUGGAAGCUCAAAACGUAUGAGUAUGUUCAGCUUUUGCAAGAAAAACGCUAUGGUCACUCAGAGAAAAGAGACCCGGAUAACUUUCUUCGUAACCCAAAAAUGAUGGAAGAAUUUCGCAUAGGCAUUCAAAAAAACAUGCAGAUCUUGCAAAAAAAAUCUUUAUGAAAACAGAGCAACCAGAAUAGCACUUAAAC